AUGCUGGACAUGCACACCUUCCAAGCAGGCUCAAAACCGCUCAACUCACAGACUGAAAAUGAACAAGUCACAAAAUUCACUCCCAAUAUCCUCCCAUGUCGAAUCCACCACGAUGGACCAAUCGAGUCGCCAGACCGAUUCUGGAUCACGCAAACAGAUGAGCAGGAUGGUCAUUCAACUGCACACUUUCGAGGACGCAGGCUACGGGGUCGACGGGUCGCAGUCCCAGAGGGCUAUCAGGGCGUAAUUGCCACGCCGACAGAACGGACUCUUCCAGUAACGCAACAGUCAAAUAGCGAUUCGAUGGGCGACGGGGAAUCAGAACCAGAAGAGUCGGUUAAAAUCCUCGAUGCGCAAGGCACGUUUGACGAGAUGAUGGUUUGGGGACAUGAGAAUCUUCCUGCGGCAGACGAUACCUUUGUCAAAGGCGUAGAGGAGUGGAUUCGAUUUGCAGAGACGGUGAGUUUUGCCAGUCUGGCAUGCAUGCUUCAGAUUUCGGGAGUUGGGCUAAUUGGAAACACAGAUGCAUGGAGUAUCGACGACAAUGAAAAGAUGGAGAAUCAAUCAGACGUGCCCAGGGCCGAUCCAGAAACCCUUAUUGCCAAAUUUCAAAUUGACAAGCUGCUGAAGCAAGAUCAAAAUGGUCGGCGCAUCUCUCUGCUCGGGACCAUCGACAAGCAGCAAGGUAUUUUGACUGCUGAACGUGCAGCCUUUGCGACUGAGUCUCUAGAGGUUAUUCAAGCAUUCCACUCAGCAAUCUCUCGUGUCAAAAACCUCGGUGACAACGAUAUUUACCGCUGGUAUCUCGCAUCAUCUACCGGUGGCAGUGGCCAAACCGCCGACAGCCAGCAGGAUCUGAAGCUCAACCUGAUUUGGCCAUGCACAGCGAAGCACAUUAAAAAGUAUUCUGACCAGCAAGUGCGGAUGGUGACCGAGACUCCUGAGAUUUACCGAGAGUAUGUUCGGCCGUUUAUGCAGGCGAAGCGUGAGGAAGGGCAUCUGAACUGGGUAUUCAAUAUCCUCGAAGGUCGAACGGAGCAAGAAGAUGUGAUCAUGCGGGAUGCGGGCCAGGGUCCCGAAGACGCUUUUUUAAUGUUGCCAGACCUCAAUUGGGAUCGAAAAACGAUGAAUUCGCUCCACUUGUUGGCGUUGGUGCAUCGCCGAGACAUUUGGAGCCUGAGAGAUCUGCAAAAGAAGCACAUUCCCUGGUUGAAGUACCUACGACAGCGGGUCUUGGAAGCCACGGUGAAGAUGUAUCCCGGUCUGGAAGAAGAUCAAUUGAAGCUUUAUGUUCACUACCAACCGACAUAUUACCAUUUCCACAUUCAUGUUGUCAAUGUCAUGCUGGAAGCUGGCGCUACCCAGGCCACAGGCAAGGCAUUUGGCCUGGAGAAUAUCAUUUCCCAACUGGAGACGAUGUCUGGCGGCGAUGAUGUGAGCAUGGCGGAUGUUAGCCUGACUUACUACCUUGGCGAGGCGAGUGAGUUGUGGACAGACAUCUAUGCACCAUUGAAAACAGGCCUCCCCCCCGUGAGACACUAA